CGCAAAAGAGCCUAAAAAGCUCGUACGCGCGGCACAUGCAUGAAUAACUGAGCCCAUGCGACCGCUGCUCGCAGCCCUAACAACGCUGGCCGCCAGCGCCCUGCGCGAGCAGUGGGACGACCUCCGCUGGCUCGGCGGCGGCCUCCGCAGCACGAGUUGCGCGACGCAGCCAUGGCUUCGAAAGCUAAACGCGACGCAGCACGCCAUGCACGACGGAGCGGUGGCGCCGCGCUUCGUCGUCGUCAAGCCGCACGGCCGCGCGGGCCUCGGCAACCGGCUGCGCUCCGUGCGGGCGGGCCUGACGCUCGCCGCGCUGACGAAGCGUUCAUUGCUCCUUGAUUAUGGAGAGAGUCAAGCCGAGCUCGCUUUCUUAAAGCCGGCGUUGAUACGGUGGGAUCGCCUCGACCUGCUGGAGCGAACGCCUGGAAAGCGCCGCCCCCUCGCGAACAAUGCCCGCGGCAUGAACCUGCGGAACGUGCUCGACGACGCGAGCGUCGCUCUUGUGGUAAGCGGCUGGAACCACGACCCGUCCGUGCGCUGGCGCGAGAACCCGAAGCUGCGAGACGUCGUGAACGAGGCGGGCCUUGGCAACGACGCGGACGUCGCGUCGUGCGGGCUAAGGGCGCUCUUCGCGCCGUCGGGCCAGCUGAGGGUGGCCCUGGCGGACGCGAGGCGGCGGGCGUUCGACCGUCCGGUGUUUAGUAUCGCGAGCGCGAGCCACGGUGCAUGAAUCAAAAGCUUUCACGGGCACCCGACUCACUGGUUGGUUUGUGCACAGGCGAUCCACCUGCGGACGAACAUUGAGUACGAGGCGCAGUACCUCCAACGGCACAAGCGCGCUCGGCACUGCACGGAUUUAGCAUGUUGGGCGCGCGUCUCGGAUAUUUUUGUGGCGUGCGCGCGCGGGCUGGGCGAGACGAGCUCAAUACUCGUCACGGCCGACGAUACAACCGUUGUCGAGGCCGCAGCGCGACAUGCGAAGAUGCACUUCGCGUCGGUCGGAUCGCCGCCACAAGACCACCUGCACCACAGCGGUCUUACACGGCCGGCGAAGCAGCUGGAGACGGAGCGAGACAAGGGCGUGAGCUUCGGCCACGGCGGUGCGCUCGGCCCGCUCGUGGACCUCCUGCUGCUGGCUUCUGCGCAUACGUUUGUCGGGACGGCCGGCUCGAGCUUUUCCGAGCAAGCUCUAGCGUGGGGCGGCCUCGAACGACCUGUCAAACUCUUCGUGACGCCCUACGCCAAGAGCUUCAUCGGGAAUCAUGUGGGCGGGAGCGGCGACGUGGCGUCGGAGUUGCCUGAAACGGCGGAGGCGGCGUACGCGCUGUGCAGGGGUCGCGUCGACGGCGCAACGGCGUCGCCGGCACGCCGCGACCGUCGCGUCGACGGCGUGGCGGACGGUGCGGAGGAUGUGUGUUCCUUGCACGCGGCCACGGGUAUGUGCAAGGCACACAUGCCGAGCUGGUUCCACAACGCCGUGACGCACCGGUGCGAGGAGUUUAUUUAUGGUGGGUGUGGCGGCACCGCGAACCGGUUCGCGUCGCGGGCGGCGUGCGAAAGGGCGUGUCCUCCGCCCGCCGGAAGGGACGAGUUCGCCGCGCAGAAGGCGCUGAUGCAGGACUUCCUAGCCGGGCGCGUCAAGGAGCUCGUCCUCGCGGAAGACGAGCAGCAACCUCGCCGGAGGCGGCGCCGGGGAGGAAGACGGCCGAAUAUGAUGUGAGUGUGUUCUAAGUUGUGGUGAA